GUAUAACUCACCUGUAGUAGUGAAUAGAUUGAAACUGCACAGUAGGAGAGUGAUCAUUUGUGCACUGAAGAGAGCUUGACUGAUUUGUGACAUCUUGCAGCUGUUAUAUUGAAGAGUUGGUUGCUUGCUUGCUGUUUGCAGGUUUGGUUCAGAUCGAGAUGAAGUCCGACAUGUUUACAGUAUCCCUUUUUACUGGUGUCACGCUGCUUCUCGGACUCAUUACAUCAUGUGUUAGUGAUCAGUUUGAGGAAGGCACGUUCACAUCACACCCUGGAAACUUCACUGUGGUCCUUGGAGAGAAUGUGACCUUCUAUUCAACUUUCAGCGACACAUCUUCUAAUAUUAUUCUAUCAUGGAUUGUUACUCUGGCUAGUGGUGCCCGUUACGAAUCUUUUAAUCCCAACGAAGCUAAUAAAAUUCGUCAAUUGGGAAUUGUUUUGAAUGAUACAGAAAACUCUCUAACAAUACCGGCAAGAAUGGAUAUGAAUAACACUAUUGUUGUACGAGAUGCAACGGAUGUAUUUAGUGCAUUCAGCUAUCAUGGAAAUCUGAAAGUUCUAGGACCCCCCUCCCCUCCUGAGCCAAUGAUAACAGCUGUCAACAGCACCCUCCUCCACGUGAGCUGGCCUCCGCCCUUCACCUGGACCAACCACUCCAUCACACACUACAACAUCACCCUCACCAACACCAAUGAAGACACUACACUCUAUUGGCAUAGCAAUGAGACGAGCUUCCCACUGAGUGGAGCCGGAGGAUGUGAUGUGCUGGUGGUGAACGUUACAGCUAGUAGCGAUAUCGGGGAGGGGCAAGUAGGACAAGUCACAGGGGGAUUUCCUAUACCACCUGCACCAUUUGAGCUGAUGGAUUGCGAUACAUGCAAGGUCACUUUUACAAAGUACGGCAGUCCAAUGUAUGCCAUCAGAUUUAAGUUGCCUAAUGUCUGCUCGUACCAAACCGGGUCAUAUCAAGCAUGGCUGUACGGACCUACCACCAUUGGAGACGAGUUUAAACUUGGAUCUAAGACAGCUUACACGACCAAUGACACCGUCCAGCCCCUCACAAUAGAAGUGGAUUCUAUCCUUAUGCUCAACCACUCCUAUACUAUUGUGGUGACAGUCAAUAACAUUGCAGGAAAUACAUCAACCAACGUCACAUUCAGUACAGACUACCAAUUCCCUCUCCUCACCCCCUCAGUAACUGGCCCACUGGUAACAGGUGGUGAGAGCACCCCUUUGCUGGUUGGUAUUAGUACGAUAGCCAUUAUCGUGGUUGCCAUGGCACUCGUGGUAUCCGUGGUAACUCUGCUGUUGCACAGGAGAAGGAAACGCCGUGGAGCUGCUGAGUUGUCCCUGGCCAAGAUAUUCAUGGAGGACGGCAGCAGACCUCUUCGUGGGGGGCCGUAUACACAGGCAGAGACCCGUAUCUAUGAAGCCAUUGAUGGUUAUCACACCGACACUUUUACUAAGCUCGAUACGAGUCCCACUUGUCCUCCGCGUGGCCUCCCCUCCCUACCCCCACCUAGAGUGGAACACCAUUAUCAUGCCGAGCGGACUCAAGUGCCCCAGAUUGUUUUCGAAAGUGAAAAAGACAACAAUGCUUAUCUUCAGCUCCUCGCGAACAACAAGAACAAGACUGAUUCGGAUAAUCGAUCCACUGGGAGUGGAGAGUACACUUCAAUGAAGUCAGUGAGUAUCAAGAAAGAGGAGUUGGAGAAUAUAGCGGCUGUGAACCGAUUGGCUGUUCAGACGGCUCAGGGUUUUAACGAGGACAACUACAUGGUCUUCAUGGAGAAUGGGGAGCAGUAGGGGAGGGGCGUGGUUGAGGGAGGGGUCAGUGCAUGUCACUAUGAACAUUUUUAACACUAAGCCUUGUGGAAACUGUUUUUAAAUAAUUGUUUGUCACUUCAUUUCUUUUUAAACAUUCAAGCUUCACAUCUUCACAUAAAACUGCUACGCAUUAACAUAAGUUCUACAUUGUAUAUAUAUAGCUAUCUCUUUAAGUCAUAAUCAUGAUGUUUAUGUUGAUUCAUUUUUGCUCUGUAGGUCAUUUAUGAUAAUGUUCACGUUUACUGUAGUGUUGAAUACACAUUUUUCAGUGCUCAAUUGCAAAAG